GACGCUGGAACAAACCUCUUCCUCAGUCAAGAGUAAACAAGAAAAAUGUUUAUAACUUUGUCGAAACACUUUCUUCUCAGCCCGUCGAAAAUUUCGAAAAUCUUAGCAGGCAUACAUGGUUAUUGGAAAGUUUUAGUGCUUUAGAAAUGGAAACUUAUAAACAGGACUUUGAGUGGGUUGAUUCAGAUCCGUUUUUCAGAGUUAACGGAAGCAAUAUUUAUGGAAUUUUGCGCUCGCAGCGUGCUCAUAGUGUUGAGAGUCUCGUCUUGUUGGUUUCUUACGAACAAAAUGCCAACUUUAGCGAUUGGCGGAGUCAUUUGAGUGUGGGAGUAGCUUAUGAGUUGUUUCGUUAUUUUAAAAGUUUGAAGACACUUUCGCGGGAUUUUAUCCUUUUAGUAACGGAGGGCGGAGAUGUUGGGGUUCAAGCCUGGCUCACCGGUUAUCACUAUUUCCCUUUGAAGCCGUCGCCUACUGGCCUGCGCUAUUCGCCCAUUCGCGGUUACGCGGGAGAACUUCUCGGCGGCUUCUCCAUCGAUGUACGAAGUUUACUGGUUUCCGGUCUCCAACUUUCGAUAGCGGGUCCCAAUGGUAUUCAACCAAACUCGGAUCUGCUCAAGUUAAUCUCCUCGAUGAGUGAAGAGUUCAAUUUGCACGUGUCCAUAGAAAAACAACUAAUCCAUUCGGCCGCUUUUCUUCAUGAAUAUCUAGGAGCGUAUUUGCCUUUUAAAUUGAGCACGGACUUCUUUGAUCUGGUUGUGAAUAUGCUUCUGAGCCAAAUAACCGGCCUUCCUAACGGCCCUCAUGGCCCUUUUUUGAACCUGAAUAUCCCUUUCGUUACGGUGAGAACCUUAGAAGGAACUAAAUCGAACGGCGUGGACAUACUAUAUUUUGGGCGCAUAAUAGAAAAGGUCAUGCGAGUACUGGAUACCGUGGAGGAAAAGCUGCACCAAUCGUUUUUCUAUUACAUACUUGUGACGGACAAGCAUUUUCUGCCGCUUAGCUUAUACUUCAUACCUGCUCUGUUCUUUUUCCUCUCCGUGUCGGCGUUAUCCUUGGGCUUGUGGCUCCAUUGCAUAUCUCUGAUUGGUCGUGCGAAUCCAAGAGCCGUCAACCCCGCUGGCGACCAUUUGCCCAAGAACCUCACUGAAUCCCGUUACUUCAAGCCACAUGAGCCUAAAGGCGGCCUCGCAUUUUCUCUGAUAGCCGGACAGUUGCGCGUUUCUUUCUUCCUCGCGGGCCUGUCCAUAUUGCUAGCUGGCUUCUCCACGCUUCUUUUGCUCCACUUUCCCACCUCUGUGUGCACGUGUACUUUCGCUUCAAUGGGGCUUUUCUCUGCUCUCGUAAGCGUGCCCCGUUGGGUGUUCCGCUCACCAUUAGAGGGUAACUGGAGGCUACUUAAGUACCUCACCGCCACAUGCACGAGCAGUGUUGUUUUGGGUAUUUUCUUUCUCAAUUUUCCAUUGGGAGUGAUGGUUUCGCUCGUUGCUAUUCCACUCCUUUUAUGGGCUCGCCCGCUCGCAGAGGACGUAAUUGGGAACAAACUGGUCAGUAUAAUAUUUCGAGGACAUCUUUAUCCUUUGUUGAUACCGCCAGUCUUAAUAACUGCUACGGAGAAAUUUCUUCGUCGGAGUCCCACUGAAGACCUGUCGCUAUUCACCCGGGCUUAUUAUUUAUUGGGAGUGUGGUCUCUUCCGCUCGUCUCCUUUCUUCUUUGGUUUCUGUUUUACUCGUCGGUGAUCAUACUCUUUUGUCCAAGGAUAUCUAUUAAAUUAAAAAAAGUUAUUGACUUCAACGGGAAUAACGGGGUUUAA